AUGCAAAUUAAGUAUCAGUCGGUCGUCGGGUUAUCGGUGCAUUCGAUUUAUUUUUUGUUUUACGAAAUAAAAAAAGAUAAGGGCGUCGGAAAGAUGGUGAAGAAUCAGUGUGAUGCGCGGCCAGUGAAAGCUUACAUCAUGAGUGACUUGCUGAAGAAGUUCGACAAUGAUACGAGGAACGAUGUCGUUCAAAUUGCCGUCGCGAUCGCAGGAUUCUAUCUGGGAGUUUUUUGCCUGGAGUAUGUGGACACAGAGUACAGUCUAUGGCUGACGUGGUUCCUGAUGCCGGUCAUCGUCACCUUCUUACUGCCAGCCGUCAUCAUCGUCCUCAUCUACAUCAGUGCCAUCAUCUUCCAUCUCUACCGGCUUUACAGGAUGAACGUGGUGGACGGCGUACAACCGGACUGGAAGCAUGCAGCACGACUCGCCGUAUGCGCGCUGUGGGACGCACACGGCUGGUUGUGGCAUGGUUACGACAUAAAAGGUCUGGAGAACAUACCGGAUGGUCCGUUCUUAGUGAUCUACUACCACGGAGCGCUGCCCAUAGACAUGUACUACUUCAUCGCCCGAAUGUUACUCUUCAAGCGACGGCAUAUACACACUGUGGCCGACCGGUUCAUGUUUAAGAUACCUGGUUGGGCGACACUCCUCGAAGGUCUGUGCGUAAUUCCGGGCACGGUGCAGACGUGUGCAUCAGUGCUGCGUAAUGGCAAUCCCCUGGCGAUAUCACCUGGUGGUGUGUACGAGGCACAGUUUGGAGACCACUACUAUAGACUCAACUGGAGGAACAGGAUCGGAUUCGCUAAAGUCGCUCAGGAAGCUAAAGUGCCCAUCAUACCGAUGUUUACGCAGAAUGUUCGAGAAGCGUUCCGAACAGUCGGUUGGUUGCGAGGCGUUUGGCUGAAGAUAUAUGCCACGUUCAGAAUGCCACUCGCGCCGGUGUAUGGCGGGUUCCCUGUCAAACUCAUUACACAUCUUGGCAAGCCCAUUCCUUACGACCCUGAGCUGACGCCCGAACAAUUACAACGAAAGGUCGCCCACGCGAUAGAGGAAUUAGUGGAAGAACACCAGAGGAUUCCCGGCAGUAUCCUCCAAGCCCUCUUAGAGAGGGUGCACGAAAUCCCCAAGAGGAGGAAAGACCCUCCACUCACCAAUGGGAAGUGUCAAAAUGGCACCCUUAAAUUAGAAGACAGUGACAAAAGUGCUAGUGGCAAGUCGAAAGUUUCAUAA